AUACAACUAGAGGGUGAUACAAGAGCACCUAGCAGCGACCAGCAAACAGUCGACGGCACUCACAGCCCACAGACGGAGAGCGAGGUCAGUCCGUUGGUGACUGAAUAAAGAAAAUAGUGUUAUACGGGAGAAGUUGGACAGUGAAUUUUGAUUGUAGAAAUCGAAGAGGGAACUUUGGAAGAGGGAGCAACGUAUCGACGAUCGAUGAACAUCUAACUACUUCUAACCGGGUUCUUCGCGGUAUCGAGGGAAACAGGAUAGAACAAAUUAGAUUGUAGUGAUUGUACCUUAGUCGUGUGGUGUCGUGCGUGACCCAAAGACAGCAACUCUAGAAGUUAGUGUUUUUAACUGCCAACAGUGAGGACCAUUGUGUUUCUGUUGUUUCAAGAUUAAAGACUGCUGGCGAGUUAUCCUCAGAGUGCUAUAUCGAAAAGUGUUCUACAACUGUCAACGAAGUUCCUAUUUCGUUACUAAAUCGAUAUAAAGGAAGUGUUUCGUCUCUCAGGACCUGUUUAAAGAAGACACUUAAAGGCAAAGUCGACGGCAGAUCGUUUAGGUGACCUGAUACAGUCAUCUAUUGAAGUUCUGUUGCCGUUCAAGUGUGAGCGGUAUGAUGAUGUCGUUUGAGCAAACUGUCGAGGUGCGUAAACCUAAAAAGCUAACCUCGUUCAGCAUAUCAUCUCUAAUUGAUACUGAUUCCGAUUGUGAGGACGACGUACCAGAUCUAAAAGUGGAAAAUUCUGACCCAGUCUCCGAAGACGGGCUUGAAGAAGAAGGUACCGACACGAAGGAAGGAACCGAAAACGGCAAUCAAGAGCCCGGCUUACCAGAACCCGAACUCAAAACGUUACCGGACACUUGGAAAAAAUCAAAGGACAAACCGCCUUUCAGUUAUAACGCUCUAAUUAUGAUGGCGAUCAGGCAAUCUACUGAAAAAAGACUUACCCUUAACGGCAUCUACGAGUACAUCAUGAAAAAUUUCCCGUACUACCGUGAGAACAAGCAAGGCUGGCAAAAUUCAAUCCGACACAAUCUCUCGCUAAAUAAAUGCUUCAUUAAGGUUCCCCGCCAUUAUGAUGAUCCGGGAAAGGGAAACUACUGGAUGCUUGACCCUAGCGCCGAUGACGUAUUUAUUGGCGGCACAACAGGCAAACUUCGUCGACGAACGGCGCCUGCGACGCGCAAUCGUUUAGCAUUGCUCCGACGGAACCCGGCGGCGCUUCAGGCCGCAGCGUUCGCCGCAACCUCUCAUCUAAUGGGGGCCGGGUCCCCGUACAGCGCGUAUAGUUCCGGUCAGCCAUGGCAUAACGCGGCAGCCGCAUUAGCAGCAGCAUAUCAAAGCGCCGUGGUUUCGAAACUUAGCCAACAGCAACAGCUGCCAAAAAGCCUCCAGCAGCAGCAACUCCCCAUUCCACACCAACUGCCUCCCACGGCGUUACCUCCAGUAGCCCUCGGAGCCCCCCUGGAGCGCCUUUCGCCCUUCGGAGCGCUAUACCCGCCCAACCUUUACCUUCAGCAGCAACAGGCGUUGGCACAGCAGCGCUCCGCCCUUAUUGCGCGAAUGCAGGCCCAAGAAGAACUAGAUGCCCUUCGAAGGUCUCCCAGUUCCCAUUAAGAACCUCUAACCUGUAGCUUAGUGGAGUGCCAUGGCAACUGGAGGCCCCAUUGACAGGGAUAACGGCAAUGGCUUUUGUUAGAUAUGCUAGUAUAACCAAGUGCCCUAUUUGUUGUUAUUAAUAAGGGCAGCUGUUGAUGGUCUGUUAAACACACACCUAAAAAAAAAGAUAAGAACAUGAGAGAGAACAAAGAGAAAAAUAAUAGGACAAAAAACAUACGUGCGAAUGUACUUCAGCAGAAUUUUGACGACGUCUAUACUGUACAUAUUUAUAUAGAUAUAAAUAUAUAUAUAUAUGAAGGAAAAACAGUCAAUUCCUGCCACUCUCCUACGGCCCCGAUUAGGAAAAAGAAUAAGCUCUCAGUGCCGAGUGACGAUUGCUGGGGACACGGACGCAGGCAAUAGCACUUAACGAUCUCAAAUGUGAUGCAAUAUUCUGUACAUAAUUCUGUAAAUAAGUGGCAAUUGUUGUCAGAAAGUGAAGAAAAUGUAAUGAAAAGACCAAUAACAAGCAAGUGUAGCUUAUAUUACGCUGAUCCAAUGAUGAUGUGUUAUGUAUAGAUGCUGAUGUGUGUGGUGAUAUAAGC